AUGUUCGAAUCCACCAAUAUUCACGGAACAAUUAUAGAGGACAAUGAAUGCUGGGCGUUAUUUCAGAAAUGGCUUGUGCUGAAUAACUGUUCAAUCUCUUCAUUGGUUCUUGCUCAUUUUUCUGAUACUGGCAGAGGAUUGAUGGCCACAUCAGACUUUCAGAUUGGAGACCCUGUUGUUCGCAUUCCAGCAAGAUUGCUAUUGGUUCCAAGACGGACACACAAGCUUUUUAAUAAUCAUCCAGCAAUCGUCGCUCUCAAACAACAUCCGUCCAUUGCAUUAUUUAUUGCUUGGCAAAAAAUUCAUCCUACUCCUGAAUGGUCGCCUUAUAUAGAUAUUUUGCCUCGAUCGUUUGAUACCAUGCCAUUGUGCAUUGAUUUGAAACUGUUGGCCAUGCUACCGUAUGAUAUUCAAGAGAUUGCAAAAAAUCAACAAAGCAAACUAGAUACAGAUUACGCAUUUGUAUGUACAGCGCUUGCAGUCUCUGGAUAUGAAAUGAUCCCCAAGGAUAUUUUUAAAUGGGCAUGGAUUGUUGUCAAUACUCGAUGCAUUACCAUGAACACCAACGCUAUUUCCAAACCACAGUUGUCACAUAUUCAUCAACAGCCCAUCAUCACACUUGCUCCCUUUUUAGAUUGUUUAAACCACACUUCCACAGCGCGCAUAUCUGCUGGGUACGAUACAGUAGAAAAGGCGUAUAUUAUUCGCACGCUAGUGCCAUAUAAAAAAGGAUCCCAGGUAUUCAUCAACUAUGGUCCACACGAUAACAAUUUUUUACUGGCAGAGUAUGGGUUCGCUAUUUUGAAAAACCCAUUCAAUCAUGUCGUGUUGGAUCGUGAAGUUGACUUUAUGAUGCAGCAUUUUGGCACAGUAUCUGAUUUGCUUAAAUCUGAGGGUCUAUAUGGAGAGUUUAUUAUAGCGAAUGACGACCUAGGGUAUCGGCUUAUGAAUGCUAUGCGUUUAUAUGUAGCUGUAUCUCAAGGUAGCGAUCUUUCAUCUGUAUUACCAGCAUGGAGAAGUGUUCUUGGAGGAACAUUGCAGUAUAUUUCCAAAGACUUGGAAAAAGCUACGCUGCAACAAUUGAUUCGAAUUUGUGUAGACAAGCUAAACUGGUUCCAGCAAUCUUUGGUGACCAUGGAUGCCGCGGAAUAUGAGGAAUUCAAGUUUGCAACAGUAUUUACUCGGCAAAUAGUAAACGAGGCAGUAGAAAUAUUACAAGAAGCGAUUGAACUGGCGACAGACAAUAUUGCAUCAAUUUGA